AUGAACUCGUCUACAACGCCUGCAAGACGCACAAGACAGCUUCUGAGCCAUCUCAAACGCAACACAAUGGCCAACCGCGAGGCACCAUGGCGCUCUACUUUCCUCUCGCACAUCCAGCAGAUGGACUCGCCCACCUUCACCCUCAGCACGCUCCAUCCGCUGGACGGCGAUAGUUUUGAGCCUAGGGCUAGGACCGUCAUCUUUCGAGGCAUGUGGGCUUCUCUGCCAGACAAUCACAGGAAUCCGGCCCCGCGGAACCCGGCCGUCUACACCAGUGACCUGCCGGCCAUUACAACAGACGUGCGCAUGGAAAAGGUACCCGAGCUCAUUGGCGGCAGGCAUGAGCCGUCAUCAGCACCACCAGAGCCGCAAUCUGCGUUGGGAGGUCCCGUAGAAGCCGUCUUCUGGGCGAAAAGCUCCAACACUCAGUGGCGACUCCGAGGCCGGGCGUAUGUCAUUGGCCCAGACAUUGAGUUGGAAGCCGCCGCGCCGGUAAGAGCAGCCCUGCAGCCCUGGAUGCGGGCUGCCGGUGGUGCAGACGAACAGAACGAUGCGUGGAGCUGGAGCAGAGAACUUACCUCAUGGUUUGGCAACCUGAGCCCCUUGAUGAGAGGCUCGUUCCGAAACCCGCCACCGGGAACUCCUCUGACGCAAGAGCCGGAGCCGGGGCUGGGGCUGGGACAGGAGGUGGAAGAUGUCAACGAUGCGCUGGCACGAAAGAAUUUUCGAGUGUUGGUCAUUGUUCCAGAGACGAUAGACCAGGUGGAUCUGUCAGACCCCAAGAGAGCGAGGAGAUGGAACCACAGAGCCGAGGUCUCAGGGUCUGAAGUCUCGUGGAGGACAACGGAGCUGUGGCCGUAG